AUCUUCCUUCGCAAGGGUUUCCUUCCUUUCCCCCAUGGCCAAGUGCUGGCAGCUUUUGCUGCUGUCCAUACUACCUCACGCUGUGGGUUGGAAGAGGGAGUGCGAGGUGGCCUGCAUCAACUACCAUCAAUUUCAGGCGAGCCUUCAAAAAGCUAAAUCAAAGUGUGAGAAGGAUAGCGACUGCUCCGGCGUGGUGGACUUCUCGGGCAAUGGUGGCAAGCAUGCACUCUGCAAGACUGGGGCUCCAGAGUCCAACAUCAAACGAACAUGUACGACACAUAUAUAAGUUGUUCAAGCGAGUUCGAUGUACGACACAUGUGCCCGGAAAAAUCGUUUUUUGACACGAAGAUCAGCAGCCCUUCGAAGGUCGAUGCCCUGGGUUUUGCCGAUGCUUUGUGUCGAUGCCAAAAAAACGGCUUCCAGGACGGGGUCGGACACGCGACAAUGGCCCAAGGUCUGUGUUGAAUGGAAAGACCACUCUGAGUUGUAACCACUCCAAAGAUGAGUGGAACCACUCCACAUGUUUACGGCGUGCAGUGCGUAGCCUUACACGCCGGUCUGCGCUGCGCCAAGCGGUGCAGCGAAGCUUGCCGUGCGACGCGAGAUCGCGCUUCCAAGUCGUGACGAGAAGGAAAAGAUCAAGUUCCAUGAAAAGUCGGGCGGGGCAGACAGAA